AUGCACGCACUUCUUGUCGCUCUCCUCGGCCUCGCCACCGGCGCCAGCGCCUAUGUCGGACCUGCCGGGUUCGUUCCCCGUGCUCGCUCGAGCCAGGCGAUCUCUAGAAGCCAGGGCCAUGCCUUCGCUCUCAGGGCUCCCCUCUCCUCUGCUGCUCACUUCGGAACCCCCCUCGCUUCCCGCAGCACCUUCGCCAGCCCCGUCUCCCUCCGUGUCACCAACGACAAGGAGAUGGAUCUUGCUAUCCAGCAGAUCAGCAUGUCCCUUGCCAGUGGACAGAAGCCUGUUGUCAUCGGCCUCGCUGCUGACUCUGGCUGCGGAAAGUCGACCUUCAUGCGCCGUGUGACCGCUUGCUUCGGCGGAGCCAGCAAGCUCAACCCCAUUGGCCGUGAGACCAACACCCUCAUCUCCGACAUGACCACCGUUAUCUGCCUCGAUGACUACCAUCUUAACGACAGACAGGGCCGCAAGAAGACCGGCCUCACUGCCCUGGACCCGCGUGAGAACAAUUUCGACCUCAUGUACGAGCAGGUUAAGGCCUUGAAGGAGGGCAAGAAGAUCAUGAAGCCCAUCUACAACCACGUCAACGGAACUCUCGAUGAGCCCGAGGAGAUCACCCCCACCCCCAUUAUCAUCUUCGAGGGUCUCCACCCCUUCUACGACAAGCGUGUCGAGGAGCUCAUGGACUUCAAGAUCUACGUUGACAUCACCCCCGAGGUCAAGUUCAACUGGAAGGUUCAGCGCGACCACGAGGAGCGCGGCCACUCCAUCGAGUCCAUCAAGCAGCAGAUCGAGGCCCGCAAGCCUGACUUCGAUGCCUACAUUGAUCCCCAGAAGAACAAGGCCGACUGCGUCAUCCAGGUUCUCCCCACCCAGCUUGCCGCCAACGACAAGACCCACCUCAACGUCAAGCUCAUCCAGUGCAAGGAUGUUGAUCACUUCGCUCCCACCUACCUCUGGGAUGAGGGCUCGGACAUCGAGUGGGUUCCUCCCAGGAGCAAGCUCGCCUCCAGCGCUCCUGGAGUCGGCAUGAAGAUCUACCAGAAGAACGAGAAGUGGGCUGGCAAGGACGCCGCUGUCAUCGGCAUGGACGGCAAGUACGACAAGAUCGACGAGAUGAUGUACGUCGAGAAGCAGUUCGCCUCCACCGGCUCCAAGUUUGUCGGAGAGGUCACCAAGAAGAUGCUCGAGUACGAGGGCCAGCCCGGAUCCAACGACGGAACUGGCUUCUUGCAGACCAUCACUGCCUUGAAGGUUCGUGAGAUCUACGAGGGCAUCGCCAAGGUCAAGGUUCCUGCCCAGGCCAACUAAGCUUGCAGUGAAAAGCAAGAUAGACUGUGAUGAUGAAUGAAAGUGCGAUUUGAAUUUUCAUGAG